AUGGAUGCUCUAGAUAUAAUCAUCACUGUUUUCAUAAUAUCAUUGGUAAUCGUAUGUUGCUUUGGCUGUUAUAAGUGUUACAAAUGCUUGAAGUACGAUUGUGAUUGCGGUAUUAAAUCUUGUAUGUCAAGCAGCUCAUCAGGGUAUACUGCUAGAACGACAAACUAUCCUGCUGUUCAAUAUUCAGCAAAUGUUCAAAAUCGGAAUAUUUACUCCCAAAAAGACGAUUCAUCGGAUUCUUUAUCAUCUUCUGAAAUUCUUUUGGGUAUUGCUUUGAAUCAAUUUCAACGAGAGCAGGCAAGGGAUAUUGCUUUACUUACAAAAGAACUAAUUGAAAUACAAGAACGCAUUAAUAACAGUACGCUUCAAGAUGUUAUAAAUCUAUCAAUUGUUUUCCUACACCAUAUUGAUGAAUUACAAAAUUGCAUAGAAGGUUUGCAGAUGCUUGAAAGCUUCAGAGAAUUAUUAAAAGCAAUAAGAGAUGAAAUUGUUAGUGCUUUGCAAGCAAGGAGAACUAUUAGGGUUGCUAUAAUUGAGCGUAAUGGAAACCAAAUCAGAGGGAUUGUAGCUCAAUUUCAAGCAUAA